AUGGUCCGAUGCACAGUUUCCCUUUUGGGGACCGCCUUCGCCGCCCUUCUUCUUGCUUCUGGCGUAUCCGGCCGAAGCGUGGCCCUGCCGCCGCAGCUUCAACCGCGGACAUAUUGCACCAACGCCAAGCAGGUCAUCGCCGGGAACACAUGCGAAAUCAUUGCCGAAGAGCGCUGCACCAUCAGCUUGGCAACCCUCAAGUCGUACAAUCCGCAACUCGACUGUUCGAAUCUUCGUGUCGGCCAGAACUUCUGCUGCAAUGAAGGCACCGUUCCCCGGGAUCCCGACUGCACCAACUCCAAGACGGUCGUGGAAGGCAACACAUGCGAAUCCAUUGCCGACAAGCGUUGCACCGUCUCCCUCGCAACCUUCAAGUCGUACAAUCCGCAGCUCGACUGCUCGAAUCUCAAGGUCGGCCAGAUCUUCUGCUGCAAUGCCGGAGCCGUCCCGCUGCCGGAGUGCACCAACAUCAAGACCGUCGUCGAGGGCAACACCUGCGCCACCAUCGCCGACAAGCGCUGCACCAUCUCGCUCAGCAAGUUCCAGGACUACAACCCCCAUAUUGAUUGCUCCAAACUUGAACCCGGCGCAAUGGUCUGCUGCAUGGAGGGCAAGCUUCCUCCUCUGCCUCAGCCCAACGCAGAUGGUACCUGUUCCGAUAUACAGGUUGCGGCUGGCGACUCAUGCGCAGCACUCUACCAAAAGUGUGGUAUCACUCCCAGCCUCCUCACCAGAAGGGUGACAUGCGGCAUCAUCGAGGCGAAUAACGGAAUGUAUCCGGGAGAGCUGGAUACAUUCAACAAGAAGAAGACCUGGGCCUGGGCCGGCUGCGAUAAGUUGUGGCCGGAUGCCAAGAUCUGCCUCAGCUCAGGAACUCCUCCCAUGCCCGCGCCCAUCGCCAACGCCUCAAACCGCCCGCUGAACACAUGCUGCAAUAUCUGGGGACAGUGCGGCACCACCAAGGAGUUCUGUGAGAUUACGGGAGCUGGAACCCCCGGCACGGGGACAUGCGUCAGCAACUGCGGUAUGAACAUUGUCAACAACGAUGCACCGCCAGCACAGUUCCGCAAGAUUGGCUCAAUCGACAAGUCCAAGUUCACCCAUGUCCACUUUGCCUUUGCCGACAUCACAGACAACUUCCAGGUGGACGUCAGCAAGGUCCAGGCCCAGUUCAACAAGUUCAAGGCUCUGAAGAGGGCCAAGCGUAUUGUGGCCUUCGGCGGCUGGACGGCGUCGACAAGCCCGACCACCUUCCAUGUCUUCCGUACUGGCGUCAAUGCUGCCAACCGUGGCACGCUUGUGAACAACAUUGCCAACUUCGUCAAGGAACACGGCCUGGACGGUGCCGAUAUUGACUGGGAAUACCCUGGAGCCCCGACAUGCCCGACAUCCCGCCGGUGGAUCCCAUCGAUGGGCCCAACUACUUGGCCUUCCUGA